GAAAUAGGUAUUUCUUUUUGCGCUGGCCGUUCACUGAGACUAGUCGGUUUAAACAACACGUCCACAUGUACAAUUCUACUACAUUUUCCAUGAAUAAUGUUAGUAAUUUAACAUCUUCUUACUAUACAAAUAAAAAGACCGAUAUAAUGUCUGGAGAUAUACAUAGUGGCGUGCAGGAUGUGAUAUUAUCCGAGCAAAAUGAACUGGAAAAUCAGCAUGAUUUGACCAAAAGUGAUAAUAUCGAAGAGUUACUGAAAACUGGGAAAUACAGUACUAUAAGUACUAUUGGAAAUGGAAAUUCUGCCAGUGAACUGUCGUUAUGCUGUGAUAUUUGCAAUAUCCGGGUAACCAGUGCCAAAAUUCUCCAAAGACACUUGGAAGGAAGAAGACACAAAUCCAGAGCCGAAAGGGAUGGUAAAACGUUCCAUUGUGAGCUUUGCGACGUGACAGCCAACAGUGAAAUUCAACUUAACAUACAUAUGUCAAGUUCAAGACACAAAUCCCGUAUAGCCAGAGAAGAAUACAAGGAAUUUACCAGUCUAUCUUCAUACUCUACCAGUUUCUAUAUAUUGUUGUUUUGUAUCUUCUGUAUCGGCUUGAAUGUAGUCAUUUUAGUGAAAGGUGCAUUUUAGACACCCUGUAGUUUAAAAAAACUCUUAAUUUAUAAAUUAUUGUUCUUCUUAGUUCAAAUACCAUGGUAGUUGAACAAUUUUGUUUUUAGUUAGUAAAUAGUUUUAUAUGUUAUGUCUUAUUUAAGGUAAAUCUGUUUUUUUUGUAUAAGACAAUAAUUGUUUUUUUGUAAUUUUGUUAGUUAAGUUUAGAAAAAUUUUGGUGACAAAUGGUGACAAAGACUCGAACCUACGAGCUUCAUCCGGUAAUGCCUACUAUAAUAUUUAUUGAAAUAUUUGUUUUUCAGAUUAUGCCAAAAUAUUUUAAAAUCGCAAAAUAUUUUAGCUAUAUAAUUUUGUUAGU